GCAUCAUCUUGCAUCGUCCCUUUCCUUCUCAUAUUGUAUCCGUCACCUCGUACUCUUGACCUCCUUCGUUCUGCAGGCACUCUUUAUCACUCAGGCUCAGGCAGUGGAAUUGAGCCGCUGUCAAUUGGCGUGCGAAGUAUCAUCACCUGUUCCUAAAAGAAGCUCAAGCCCCCUUGCUUCUCCACCUUUCCGGCUUUCACGAUGUCGGCUGCGAACAACGCGUCCUCUUCGCAGGACCUUCCCAAGGAUGCCUAUGCUAGCGCUUUUGUGUCUUUAAAACCUCGUGAUGGAUCCCAAUUGCUGCAAUCACGCCUGCACAAGGCUCAUGUUCUCGCAGAUGAAUUGGCAGACUACUUCGCAGCAAGAAGGGAGCUCGAAUCGGCCUACCUCAAGGCUCUGCAGAAGAUCUCCAAGCGGAGCUUCUUGUCCGAUCCCACAACUCUCGGCCCUGGCUUUUCUCCUGUGUAUGACAGGCUCAUAGCGGAACUAGGAGAGGUGGCGAGCAUCCACGGAGAUCUGGAGAUGAAGUUGGGACAGGAAUGCGAGACGGCAAUGAGAACGGCCUCUACGCGAGGCGAAUGGGCUCGGCAGAGGGAGCAUGAUGAUACCAUCAGCGCGACAGUCAAGGAAAUCCAGUCUCUCGAGCAGCAACUUUCGAAAGAUCAGAAGAAGCUCGAGUCUGCAUCUUCAAAGAAAGCCGGUCCAGCCCAGGCAAAGGUUCAGGAGACGCAAAGGUCCCUCGAUCUUACUUUGGACUUAUGGCGCGUCGAAGCCCCUUUCACUUUCGAAGCCUAUCAGCGCAUUGAUGCGCAGCGCUUGGAAAUGAUGAAGGAGGCAGUGACUCGCUUCGAGACUGCUCAGUCUGACGCUGCUCAGAGGUUGAUGAGCAUGACGGAGAAGACGCUACAGACGGUCCUCUCCUUUGAUCCCAUGGCGGAGAUGCAAGAUUUCAUCCUCAAGAACGGCGUCAGCUCCGGCUCUGCUCGCCCUACCGAGACUCCGAGACGUAGACCAACCGUCGCAACCACCAUGCUGCAGCGGUCCGGCUCUAUUGCCUCCUCCACUCGCAGCCCAGCGAGAGGCAACGGUCAAGAAUUUGGAACAGGCGCUUCGUCCGCCUCAAUUCAUUCAAACGACCAGGGGACUGCGCGAGGAAGCAGUACACUGAAAAGCGCUUUCAGCCGACUCGGUGGUCGGAACCGGUCCAACCGAGCAGAUACUGGCGCUCAGUUCAGCAGCAGCAACGACAGUCCCUUGUCGCGACCCACUACGAAUCAGGACUUUCCUUCAUCCUCCCCAAUGGCCUCUGGUAGAUCUGGUAUGCGGCCAUCGUACGAGAACUCUGCGGCAGCUCCCAGCGGUCGUGGCUUUAUGGAGAGCGAACAGGCUCCGGACGUAACUUCCCGUAGCGCUGGCGGAGGUGGCCUGAUGCAACCAAUGAUACCCACUAACAGGCUCGCUUCUUCAGAUGCUCCCCAGGUCGAUUCCGAGGGCUACUCCAUUCCACCUCCAGAUCGCAAGCCAUGGGAGACUGGACCCACGAGUGCUGUCGGUGGCGCGGCUUCGCUGAUGGAUGACGAGGGUGAUGAAGGCGCGGACAGUGUGCCCUCGACGACUCAGAAGAUGUCGAACAUGAACAUCGCUACUCAGCCCGUUCGACCGGCAGAAUCGUCACGAGACAGAGAGGCGCUAGAGAGGGUGCGCAGUACGCUGCUCACUGCUGGACCUCCCACUAGGCGGGGCACGACUCGCCGCGACCGCCGCGAUGUGAGGAACACAACGUACAAGCCCAACAUCGGGUCUGAUGCAGCUUCACAGGGUGUGUCGCAAUUCGGCGGUAUCGCGCCGCAAGCGACUGGUGGCAGCGUCAACAGUGCCUCAUAUGCGGCCCCUAUUGUCCCUACCUUUACUGGUACUUCUGAUUUCGGAAGAGAAGCAGGUCCAGGUGCUCCCUCUAUGUCCUCCAGGACGCCUUCUCUGAACCCAUUCGAGGCGUCAGCUGGUGCUCCGGGCUUGCGCGCCUCGAUUACCGAGACGGUCAACGCUAUCAUCGCUUCAUCGUCUGGUGCAGGUAUUGCUAGGCUAAUGAUCACGGGAGAAGUGUCCGUCGCGCUCAAAGACGUGCAGCUCUCUCAAUCUUCGGUACAUCUUCGUCUCGAGGCCUUUGAGCAGCUGGAGAAGGUAGCUCCCAACCCAGCCUUCCUUUCUCCUAUUGCCUCAAGUCCAGGAGAGUAUCAGUUGGACGUGGCCGGCCUAGCGCGCCAGCAGCAGUCAGCCCUCGGUGCUGGCUCCUCAGGCGCAGCUAUGAUCCUCAAGUAUCAGCUCCACGUUUCGGCCGAUAAGCUCGCUGCAUAUGUCCCGCUCAAUGUUGAUGCGAAAUGGCGCAUGGAGCCCCACCAGACAAGUUUCCUCCUCACCUAUUCCCCCAAUCCAGCUUGCCGCGUCACCUCUGGCCAGCUGGAGGAUCUGAGCUUUGUAGCCACCCUUGGCCCGACGGAAGUCACUGGUCUCACCGCUCGUCCCGAAGGUGUGUGGAAUGCCGAGGCAAAGCGCAUCCACUGGACUAUCGACGAAGGACUAGCGCUGAGCAGCGUUUCAUCCACGCCGGCCAAGAUUCUUGCGAGGUUCCAAGUAGAUGGAGAAGGACAGCCCCGCCCUGUUCAGGUGCGAUGGAGGCUGCCUGGUCAGACGAUCAGCUCGCUGGGACUCGCCAUCUUACCUGGAGCUACUGGAGCUGAUGGUGCGGGUGUGACAUUCGAUGAAGUCGUUAGGCAGAGUGUUUCGGGCAAAUUCAUCAUUCAGUAAAGCAGUAGAGUCAAACAAGGGGGCAGGGCAAAAGGGGGUUGGUAGAUGGAGAUGGAGACAGAGGUCAGAACACAAAGGCGAUCUUAGGAGAAUCAAAGGACGGUACUUGUAUCUGCCCAAAUCGAGACCCGUAGCCACUCUGUAAAGUAUACGAUAGUCGCUUACACCUGAAUGAAAAUCUAAUUUGAAGAAGUUGUCAAGGCAA